CGCCGCCCCGCCGCCGGAGAAGGAGCAGCCACUGCUGCUUCCACCGCCCUGUCCAGCGCAGCCGCUGGGCAGGCCCCGAUCCCCUUCGCCCCCCGAGAAGGCUCAGCCGCCUUCCCCGCCCACGGCCUCGGCCCUGGAUUAUCCCAGCGAGAACCUGGCCUUCAUCGACGAGUCCUCGGAUACGCAGAGCGAGCGCGGCUGCCCGCUGCCCCGCGCGCCGCGAGAUCGCCGCCGCCCCAAUCCCCCCAGGAAGCCCGUGCGGCCCCGCGGCCCCGGGCGUCCCCGAGACAAAAGCGUGCCGGUGUAGGGGCAGGAUCCCUGGCCGGGCCUCUCAAGGGCUUCGUUUCUGCUCUCCCCGGCAUGCCUGGCUUGUUUGACCAAAGAGCCCUCUUUCCACGAGACUGAAGUCUGGGGAGGAGGCUACAGUUGCCUCUCCGCCGCCUCCCCGGCCCCGGCCCUUCCCUCACUUCCAUUCAUCUCCAGACCCCCCAAGGCUUUCUGUGUCGCUGCCCCGGGCGGGCGUAUCCCUCACAGCACCUCACGACUGUGCCUCAAAGCCUGCAUCAAUAAAUGAAAACGGUCUGCACCGCUGCGGGCGUGACGCUCCCGGACGCGAGUGGGUGUGGAAGUGCUUUCCUCGGGCCACCGUGGGGGCACCUCUGGCCUCCCGUGACCCCCAGGCCGAGGGUCCCCGGGCACCCAGGUCGGUCAAGUCUCGGCCCUCUCAGGCCUGCGUCUCUGCCUGGAGGAGGCUGGGUAGGGUCCGGCGUGGGGAUCAGCCGGGAUGGGCUGCACGUCUCCAGCCUCCGCACACACAUUGGCGGGUGGGGUGCGGGAAGGGAGAGGCAGGGGAGAGAAUGGCAUCUCGCGUGGAGGGCUGUCGUUUGAACUCUCCCAGCGCGAGAGACCCUGCCCCGCUCCCUUCCUGGAGCGUUGACCCUCUUCUCGUCUCGAGGCCUGUGGCGUCUGGGUCCGUUGGGGCAGAACCAUGGAGGAAAAGCCUUCGAAAGUGUCGCUCAAGUCUUCCGACCGCCAAGGCUCGGACAAGGAGAGCGUGCACAACGACACUCGGGACCUGUGGACCACGACCACGCUGUCCCAGGCACAGCUGAACAUGCCGCUGUCCGAGGUCUGCGAGGGCUUCGACGAGGAGGGCCGCAACAUUAGCAAGACCCGCGGGUGGCACAGCCCGGGGCGCGGUUCGUUGGACGAGGGGUACAAGGCCAGCCACAAGCCGGAGGAACUGGACGAGCACGCGCUGGUGGAGCUGGAGUUGCACCGCGGCAGCUCCAUGGAAAUCAAUCUGGGGGAGAAGGACACUGCAUCCCAGAUCGAGGCCGAAAAGUCUUCCUCAAUGUCAUCGCUCAAUAUUGUGAAGCACAUGCCCCAUCAAGCCUACUGGGCAGAGCAGCAGAGCAGGCUGCCACUGCCCCUGAUGGAACUCAUGGAGAAUGAAGCUCUGGAAAUCCUCACCAAAGCCCUCCGGAGCUACCAGUUAGGGAUCGGCAGGGACCACUUCCUGACUAAGGAGCUGCAGCGAUACAUCGAGGGGCUCAAGAAGCGCCGGAGCAAGAGGCUGUACGUGAAUUAAAAACGCCACCUUGGGCUCGAGCAGCGACCCGAACCAGCCCCGCGCCUGCCCGGUCCCCAGACCCAAGCCCGACCCCAUCCGAGUGGAAUUUGAGUCCUAAAGAAAUAAAAGAGUCGAUGCAUG